AUGUUAAUUGGUCUUUGUGAUGAAAGCAAGGUUUCCAAGUUCACCAAAGACAAAUUGUCUACGCUAUCAGAGUGACUGGAAUGUUUCCAAGUUGAACGGAGAAAAAUGUCUACGAUAUCAGAGUGACCGGAAGCGGAAGUUAAUACCCCUGAUAAAUAUAGCCGACCUAUCACGACAUUAACCACACAAACUCGGCGACAAAGAAACUAUAAAAUUAAAACCACAUACACAGAAGUGAAAAAUUGCCAUGGAAACUAAUAAUGUUAAAUCAAUUUACCAGUGUGUUGUAUGUGAUGAGAUUUUUCAACAACUUGAUGAUUUAGAAAAACACAAUAAAGUACAUGUUAAAGAAGAGAAAACUGAUGAUGCAGAUGAAUAUUGUCAUGUUAAAGAAGAGAAAACUUAUGAUGUAGAUGAAUAUUGCCAUGUUAAAGAAGAGAAAACUGAAGAUAUUGAAACAGUUUAUCAGUGUAAUUUAUGUGAUGAAGAAUUUAAAUCUGACAUUGAUUUAGAGAAACACUGUGAAAUACAUGUUAAAGAAGAGUUGAAAGCUUAUAAUGAUAGUGAUGUAGGCCUACAAUCAGCUGACAGUCAGGGUAUUGAUGUAGGCCUACAAUCAGCUGACAGUCAAGGAAGUGAUGUAGGCCUACAAUCAGCUGACAGUCAUGCUGUAACAAAAUGUUUUAAAUGUGAUGUUUGUUGUCAAUUAUUUAGUCAUACUACUGGCCUACAAAACCACAAAAGAAUUCAUUCUGGAGGAAAACCUUAUAAAUGUGAUGUUGGUGGUAAAAAAUUUAUACAGCGUAUUCAUCCUUAUAGUCACCUGAAAAGCCAUACUGAAGAGAAGCCUUAUCAAUGUGAUGUUUGUGGUAAAUCAUUUAUUUAUGAUGGAGGCCUACAAAACCAUAAGAGAAUUCAUACUGGUGAAAAGCCAUAUAAAUGUGAUGUUUGUGGUAAAUCAUUUUCACAAAGUAGUCAUAUAUACAGGCAUAUGAAAAUCCAUACUAGAGAGCCAUCUUAUAACUGUGAUGUUUGUAGUAAAUCAUUUGGUUAUAGCGAUUACUUGAAGCAGCACAUGAAGACACAUACUGUUGGAAAACCAUAUAAAUGUGAUGUUUGUAGUAAAUUAUUUUCAAGUUCUGUUGGUGUACAGCAACACAUGAGAAUUCAUACUGGUGAAACACCAUACAAAUGUGAUAUUUGUAGUAAAUUAUUUAGACAAAGUUGUAGUUUACUGAAACAUGUGAGAACUAAUUGUGGAUCAUUAACACAGAAAAUUAAUCUUCAGAAACCGAUAAAAACUCCAACUGUAAAAAGACCUGUUCAAUGUGAUGUUUGCAAUAAGUCAUAUACUGAACCAAGUACUCUACGGAAGCACAUGAGAAUUCAUACUAAAGAGAAACCAUUUUAGUGCGGUGUGUGUAGUCGAUUAUUCACCGAAAAUAGUUCUCUACACAGGAGAAAACUUAUAAAUGUGAUGUUUGUGGUAAAUCAUAUACUGACCGAGGUAGUCUACGCAAACAUGUGAUAAUUCAUAUGGGAGAAAACUUAUAAAUGUGAUGUUUGUAGUAAAUCAUAUACUGACCGAGGUAGUCUACGCAAACAUGUGAUAAUUCAUAUGGGAGAAAACUUAUAAAUGUGAUGUUUGUAGUAAAUCAAAUAAUUAAGCAUAGUACAGUAUGGAAGCACGUGAGGAACCCAUUCACUGAGUAUGGUACUGUUCAGAAAUAAAAUAAAACCAAGUACGAACAAUCCAAACCAUAAGACAGAAUUCGAAGUCCUAAAAAAAGUUAUAGGCAAAAUAGUGUAUUCAAGCAAAAUAGUGUAAUCAGCAAACGGACUGCUCCUCGUGUACGAAUUACACGACAAACAGUGGUAACAGGUGUCUGGAAGAGUAAGCUUACAACUUAUACUGGAAAAAAAACUUUCAAUGUGUAUAGUAAAUCAUACACUGAACGAUACUCCAUAUGCGAGACACGGAUGGAACAUGUGCCCUAUAUUAUUGAAUACGGAAAUGUUUCUUGAUUGUUUUUAGAACAUUAAGGUUUAGACUACUUUUUUAUACAUUUCACUGAUGUGGUUACGUGUAUAGUUGAAUUUUACUGAUUACAUUUGUAUUUCGUGUAGCAUAUAGCAGAUCAUGACUCAUGUUGGCAUUGCACAAUGGUUUCUUUGGGUUGUAUUCAGUGAUGGGAUUUCAAAAUUAUACUUGUCGGACAUUUUACCGAAAAUAAAGGGGCAUAACUCUUAUCGUUAUUUAAGCAGACGAAUUCGUACCACAAUUAAAAGUCACAUGUCAAAAUAUUCAAAUCCCGUACGUAAUAAAAAUAGGUGAACCUCGCUAUUUUUCAUAUUUAAUUCCCGUACAGUAUUCAAUUCAUACCACAAUUAAAAACCACAUGUCAACAAAAUAUUCAAAUCCUGUACGUAAUAAAAAUUGGUGACCUCGCUAUUUUUCACACUUAAUUCCCGUACGGCAUUCAAAUUUAUGUCAGUAAAUGUCCUACAAAAUUAAGCAUUUUCGUGAUAUGUUGAAUGAAAGCUUACCGAUCCUGCUUCGGCAUCAAAUUCACAACCAUAAUAUUCCUUUAGAAUUACGUGUCUUCGUUUAUACGACAGCAAAUGAAUGCAGAACUUCCGAAAUAGUUAAAUCACUUGUAAACAGGCAUAGCUAACUUCAGCGAAUAACACUCUUUCAAAGUCACGACAGAGUGACAGGCAUCAUAGGCAACACAGCAGAAUGAUUGACGCCUACAAAUACGUUAGAAUUUCUGCUCAUAUAGUUAUUGGUAGCCCCUCCCCUUUUUGUUAUUUUGCUGUGUGCGUACUAGUCACGGUCACCCAGAAACUCCUAGUCUUCAACAUAUUCGUAGAAUAUUUUUCUGGAUAAUAGAGACUAAUAGCCUACGUGACUCAUCACACGGCUUCAUAGUAAGCACUGCCUAAUAAUAAGUUAAGCAAUAUUCGUGCCGCGCUCGAGAUCAAGGGAAAGUGCCACCGUGGAUGAGAAUUUCUAUAUGGAUUCUUAAAAGACGUAAAAGAUAUCGUAGACAAAAUGACUGUCCAUUGAUUUAGGGUGUUAUUUACUCUUAUGAUAUGUGACAUCUAUGAUUAGUUUAUUAUAGAUGAUGUUGGCUCACAUCAAUGCGAUUAAGAUGCCCGAUAAAUGAGGUGGAUUAAAAUUAUAAUCAUGCUUAUUGAAUUGAUGAAUAGUCCGACAAAAGGAAAGCAAUGACUUAUGUUUAAGAUUAGAUUGAUGAAUUGUCCGACAAAGGAUUAAGUCAGUCAAUCAAGGCAGAUUAAGUAGUUAAAUCAAGGUAGGUUUAUACUAUAGACGGUAUAACACGAUAAAUACGUUGAUCACUUAAUUACCUAAUAAACCCAGCGUAUUAUCGACAAUAAUCGGGUUGAGUGGUAGUUAUACACUCAGUAAACUAUAUUAAUUUCGGAAUUUUGAAUAUUAUUCACCAUGUCUUGAUGUCCGAUUGGGCAUAUUCCCGGUCGGACAAUUUUGGGCGUUUGGAAAAAAGAUUCGAACAAGUCCGGAAUAUACGGGCAAAAUCCCAUCACUGGUUGUAUUCCUGAUUGUUUUCAAAUUUGAGUGAAGUUUGUGUCAGUACAGACCCGGGACUGUAGAGCGCGGCUAGCCCCUGCAUCCAUUCACUUUUUUUUAAUUGUCCGUCUGUUUGUGUUUUCCUGAGUAUGAUUUCUUGUCCGUGUAUUUGUUUUUGUGUAAAUUUUGUGUGGUGCAGUCCCCCUGCACUUACUAUUAUAAAUGUGAUGUUUGUAGUACUUUUAGAAAACGUACUGGUGAAAAACUUUUUGUAGUUUGAUCACUUGUUGUGUAAAAAUAAUGAAUUAUAUUUGGAUAUUUAAUUAUUAUACAGUAAACUUUGCUAGUAGAUAAUUUCCGUUUUGGUGCGAGUAGAUACUUCAGUUUUGUCGCCAUCUUUUAAAAAUGUCCUAAAUUUUCUCAGUGUCUCGUACAGCAGACAGCGAGUUACAAAUUUUCCUUGAAAAUUCUAUUAUUGCGUUGUAUCAAAUAGGCUGAUUUGAGUCAAAUAAUAGGGGAAAGUAUUUUGGGCCUCUGUGCAUAGAAUACCCAACUGCGUUUUAGACCAUCGGUACGAAACUGGCUCAGUCAAAUUCUGAUCAUACUGUCGAUCCGAUUGAAGUGAAGGACAAAAGCCGGAAUUAGAUCAAAUGGACUGAAUAUUUUGAUCCAACUUACGCGCAGUAGAAAUUUAAUAAGAAAAACAUGCAGGAUCAAAGGGUCCAAACGAUUUUAUCCGAGUUGAGCAAAGAUCUGGCUUAUAAGAAUCUGACUGUAUAAUAAUGUUACCAAUGAAAAUGUUUCCAUUGUCGUUUAAAGAUAGAGAAUUAUAUUUUGAUGUAAUAAUGUUACCAAUAUAAAUAGAGAAUUAUAUUUUGAUGUAAUUAUGUUACCAAUGGAAAAUAAAAGAAACAAAUGCAGUUUCUUGUUUAAAAUGUUGAUUUUGUGCUGAGAAUGUAGCAACAACAAUUAUUAGUUAAUACUUCAGUUCCAUCCAAGGUUUCCACUUUUCGCUGUCAUACAUAUUUGAUAAUGCACGAAAACUUUGCAAAUUAAUUUCAUACUUCAUGGGUUUGAACAUUGUGAAGGCUCUAAUGACAAAAAUUUUCUUUUGAUCCAUUUAGAUUGGUAAAAAUAAAGGAAUAUUACGGAAUUUCAGCAAUUUGCGUAUACAUGUAUAUAUUUACUAGAGUUAUGUCCCUUGUUUCAAUUUGUUGAAUGGCCGAAUGGUUAAUGUGUGCGCUCUAUAUCCUAAAGUCUGUCAUUGAGUCAACUGACAUGGUUUCAAUUCCUUGGUUGUAUGUGACAAGGAGUAGGGUCGCCUGUCCAACCUCAUGGGUUUUCUCUGGGUCCUCCGGUUUCCUCCCACUGAUAAAGACCCCUAUGCGCAAGAGAAUUAUUGAAAUAAAGACCCCUAUGCGCAAGAGAAUUAUUGAAAUAAAGACCCCUAUGCGCAAGAGAAUUAUUGAAAUAAAGACCCCUAUGCGCAAGAGAAUUAUUGAAAUAAAGACCCCUAUGCGCAAGAGAAUUAUUGAAAUGAGAUUCAUUCAAUCAUAUGUAAGUCCCGAAAUGACCUAGUUUGUGUCGAGUGGACAUUAAACCCCAUCUCUCUCUCUCUCUCUCAAGAGAGUUGAUUGUUGCUUGUCAUGCCAAUAAAUGUCUAAAAGCUACGUCCUACUCUUAUAUCGA